CCGGGCGCCCCCCGCCCCCCGCCAGGCUCCGGGCCGGAGUCGUGACGUCACGGCGGCUGGAAGUGCCCGUCGCGGAGGCGCGGGAGGGGGCGGGGGCCGAGCGGGUGCUUUAUAAGAGGAGCCCGCCUAGCCCGCGGAGCCGCAGCCCGCGUCCCCGAGACCCCCGGCUGGCCCGGCCCCGGCCCCCAGCUCGCGCUCGCGCCCCGGGGGGCGGCUGGGCGGCGAGGGACGGAGCGCCAGGCGGCGGGCGGGAGAAGGGACGCACGGCGGGCGGCCGCGGGGCAUGAGGCGGGGGCGCGAUGUCGGUGCCGCUGCUCAAGAUCGGGGCGGUGCUGAGCACCAUGGCCAUGGUCACCAACUGGAUGUCGCAGACGCUGCCCUCGCUCGUGGGGCUCAACGGCACCGUGUCCCGCGCGGGCGCCUCCGAGAAAAUCACCCUCUUCCAAAGCCCAGAGGAAGGCUGGCAGCUGUACACCUCAGCCCAGGCCCCUGACGGGAAAUGCAUCUGCACAGCAGUGAUCCCCGCACAGAGCACCUGCUCCCGCGAUGGCAGGAGUCGGGAGCUGCGUCAGCUGAUGGAGAAGGUCCAGAAUGUCUCCCAGUCCAUGGAGGUCCUUGAGUUGCGGACGUACCGCGACCUCCAGUACGUGCGCGGCAUGGAGACCCUCAUGCGGAGCCUGGAUGCGCGGCUCCGGGCAGCCGAUGGGUCCCUGUCAGCCAAGAGCUUCCAGGAGUUGAAGGACAGGAUGACAGAGCUGUUGCCUCUGAGCUCAGUUCUGGAGCAGUAUAAGGCGGACACGCGGACCAUUGUGCGCCUGAGGGAAGAAGUGAGAAAUCUGUCCAGCAGCCUUGCAACCAUCCAGGAGGAGAUGGGCGCCUACGGGUAUGAGGAUCUGCAGCAGCGAGUAAUGGCUCUGGAGGCCCGGCUCCAUGCCUGUGCCCAGAAGUUGGGCUGUGGAAAGCUGACCGGGGUCAGUAACCCCAUCACCAUUCGGGCCAUGGGGUCCCGCUUUGGCUCCUGGAUGACCGACACAAUGGCCCCCAGUGCGGAUAGCCGGGUCUGGUACAUGGAUGGCUAUUACAAGGGCCGGCGCGUCCUCGAGUUCCGCACCCUGGGAGACUUCAUCAAAGGCCAGAACUUUAUCCAGCACCUGCUGCCCCAGCCAUGGGCAGGCACAGGUCAUGUGGUGUACAACGGCUCCCUGUUCUACAACAAGUACCAGAGCAACGUGGUGGUCAAGUACCACUUCCGCUCACGCUCUGUGAUGGUGCAGAGGAGCCUCCCGGGGGCUGGUUACAACAACACCUUCCCCUAUUCUUGGGGCGGCUUCUCCGACAUGGACUUCAUGGUGGAUGAGAGUGGGCUCUGGGCCGUGUACACCACCAACCAGAAUGCAGGCAACAUUGUGGUCAGCCGGCUGGACCCACACACCCUUGAGGUCAUGCGGUCCUGGGACACCGGCUACCCCAAACGGAGCGCUGGCGAGGCCUUCAUGAUCUGUGGCGUGCUCUACGUGACCAACUCUCACCUGGCUGGUGCCAAGGUCUACUUCGCUUACUUCACCAACACGUCUAGCUACGAGUACACGGACGUGCCCUUCCACAAUCAGUACUCCCACAUCUCCAUGCUGGAUUACAACCCCCGGGAGCGGGCCCUCUACACCUGGAACAACGGCCACCAGGUGCUCUACAAUGUCACCCUUUUCCACGUCAUCAGCACUGCCGGGGACCCCUAGAGGCUGCCACAUGAGGGCUGCCAGAGGCCCUUUCUAUUCUGCCUGUGUCCCUUCAAGUUGAUCUGUCUGUCGUGCCCAACCCCUCUCUCCCCUCCUGUCCUUCUUCUCUCCUGCCUUUUUUGCCCAGCUUUCAUUCUCUGCCUCUGUAUUUCUAUUGGUGCAUUCUCUCAACGUUGUCUCUCCUUCUUUAUUGAUCUCUGAUUUUGAUACUCCAGGCCUUUGCUGUUCUGCCUUUUUAUUGAUGUCCCUCUGUCUUUUUAUCGAUCUGACUCUCCCACUCUUUCCCUGUCUCUGCCUGUGUGUUGUCCCUCCCUCCUCUCUCUCUUGAUUCCCACCCAUUCCCCUCUCCCUCUCUCUGCACCCCUCCCUCUUCCUGCUCCCAAGGAGUUGAGUGCAUGGAUCUAUUUCUUUUUCUUUUUAUUUACACCUUUCCUUUUGGGUUGCUGGAAAUAAACGGGACCUUUGACAUUUGA